UGUGUUCAGAGUGUGUUCAGAGUGUGUUCAGAGUGUGUUCAGAGUGUGUUCAGAGUGUGUUCAGAGUGUGUUCAGAGUGUGUUCAGUGUGUGUUCAGAGUGUGUUCCAGUGUGUGUUCAGAGUGUGUGUUCCAGUGUGUUUGAGCCUACAGGACAGUCGGGAUCUCACUGGCUAAAUCUCACAGCAAAUCCCUUGAGCUGCGACUUGACAUGGCCUGACUGAUCUCUGUGGGAAGUUUCAGGAAAUGCAACAGGUGGCAGGACUCCGGGAAUCAACCGCAAACCUCGCUCCAUUGAGCGUCCUCCUGCUGGCGACGCCUUCACGGACCCUCCGGGAGUCGGACAACUGCCUACUCACGGUCCGGCUGCACCAUGGAGGACGGAUUUUCCCCACAAAGCGACUCCAACGUGAAGGUCGCGGUGCGAGUGCGCCCCAUGAACCGGAGAGAAAAAGACCUUAAAACAAAAUGUGUGGUGGAGAUGGAUGGGAACCAGACCGUUCUGCAUCCAGCAGCUACCCACCUGAGCAAAGGAGAUCCUCGGAAUCAGCCUAAGGUGUUCGCCUACGACUACUGCUUCUGGUCCAUGGAUGAGUCCCAGCAGGACAAGUUUGCAGGUCAGGACGUGGUGUUCCAGUGUCUCGGGGAGAGUCUGCUGGACAACGCCUUCAUGGGAUACAACGCCUGCAUCUUCGCUUACGGACAAACUGGUUCUGGGAAGUCGUACACCAUGAUGGGCUCGGCGGAGCAGCCCGGCCUCAUCCCUCGCCUCUGCAGCUCGCUGUUCAGCCGGACGGUGCAGGAGGCCUUCGAGGGCGAGACCUUCGCCGUGGAGGUUUCCUUCAUGGAGAUCUACAACGAGAAGGUCCGGGACCUGCUGGACCCCAAAGGGAGUCGCCAGGCGCUCCGCGUCCGGGAGCACAAGGUCCUGGGGCCGUACGUGGACGGCCUGUCCCGCCUGGCCGUGGCCAGCUACAAGGACAUCGAGUCCCUGAUGUCGGAGGGGAACAAGUCCCGCACGGUGGCGGCUACGAACAUGAACGAGGAGAGCAGCCGCUCGCACGCCGUCUUCAACAUCAUCCUCACGCACACGCUGCUGGACCUGCAGUCGGGGACCAGCGGGGAGAAGGUGAGUAAGCUGAGUCUGGUGGAUCUGGCCGGGAGCGAGCGCGCGGCGAAGACCGGCGCGGCGGGGGAGCGGCUGAAGGAAGGAAGCAACAUCAACAAGUCUCUCAGCACUCUGGGGCUGGUGAUCUCGGCCCUGGCGGAUCAGGGCGUCGGCAAGAACCGGAGCAAGUUCGUCCCCUACAGAGACUCGGUGCUGACCUGGCUGCUCAAGGACAGCCUGGGGGGGAACAGCCGCACCGCCAUGGUGGCCACCAUCAGCCCGGCGGCCGACAACUACGACGAGACGCUGUCCACGCUGCGCUACGCCGACCGGGCCAAGAGCAUCGUCAACCACGCCGUGGUGAACGAGGACCCCAACGCCCGCAUCAUCCGGGAGCUCCGGGAGGAGGUGGAGAAGCUGAGGGAGCAGCUCACGGAGGCCGAGUCCAUGAAGGCGCCGGAGCUGAAGGAGCGGCUGGAGGAGUCGGAGAAGCUGAUCCAGGAGAUGACGGUCACCUGGGAGGACAAGCUGCGGAAGACGGAGGCCGUCGCUCAGGAGCGCCAGAAACAGCUGGAGAGCCUGGGCAUCUCGCUCCAGUCGUCCGGCAUCAGAGUGGUGGACGACAAGUGUUUCCUGGUCAACCUGAACGCCGACCCCGCCCUCAACGAGCUGCUGGUCUACUACCUCAAGGAACACACGCGCGUGGGCUCGGCCGACUCUCAGGACAUCCAGCUGUGUGGGAUGGCCAUCCAGGCGGAGCACUGCGUCAUCGACGUGGCGGACGACAGCGGCGUGGUGCUCACGCCUCACCGCAGCGCUCGAACUUGUGUAAACGGCGCCGCCGUCACCAGUCCAGUGCCGCUCCAUCACGGAGACAGAAUCCUGUGGGGGAACAACCACUUCUUCAGGAUCAACCUGCCCCGGCACCUGGUCCACGCAGGCGUUGAGGACGAGGACGGCGGCGCCGCCAUGAGGACGUACGUGAGCAGCGACCAGCUGGAGGUGGACCUGGACGCGUCCAGCGACGUGUCCAGCGAGCUGAGCUUCGGCUACGAGUUCGCCCAGGCCGAGGUCAUGAUGAAGGGCAUGGGCACCAACGACCCGCUGCAGGCCGUGCUGCAGACGCUGGAGCGGCAGCACGAGGAGGAGAAGCGCUGCGCCCUGGAGCGCCAGCGGCUGAUGUACGAGACGGAGCUGCAGCAGCUGCGCCGCCGCCUCGGCCCCGAGCAGGCGGGCGCAGCCGGCUCGCCCGGCGUACCCAAACGGGUGCGCCGCUGGAGCGAGGACAGGGAGGCCAUGAUGACCCGCGGCCUGCGGCGUCUCCGGGAGCAGAUCAUGCGGGCGAAGCUGCUGGCCGAGGAGGCGAGUUUCAUCGCCGAGGAGCUGCACAAGAGGACGGAGUACCUGGUGACGCUGCAGAUCCCGGCAGCCAACCUGGACGCCAACCGGAAGCGGGACGUGGUUCUGAGCGAACCCGCCAUCCAGGUCCGUCGGAAGGGGAAGGGGAAGCAGAUCUGGGCCUUGGAGAAGAUGGAGAACCGGCUGGUGGACAUGAGGGAGCUGUACCAGGAGUGGAAGGACUUCGACGAGGACAAUCCGGCGAUGCGGUCGCAUUUCAAGCACACCGACCCGUUCUUCGACGAGCAGGAGAACCACAGCCUGAUCGGCGUGGCCAACGUCUUCCUCGCCUGCCUGUUCCACGACGUCAAACUGCAGUACGCAGUUCCCAUCAUCAACCAGAAGGGGGAGGUGGCGGGUCGUCUGCACGUGGAGCUGUGGCGAGGGACGGAGAGCUCGGAGGACGACGCCUCGGGCCGCCCCGAUGCUCAGCUGAGCAGCACCGAUGAAGAUGCUCAGGAGAAGAAGCUGGACUGUGUGGUGAAGAUCCUCCAGGCCACCGGUCUCCCCCGCCACCUGUCCAACUUCGUCUUCUGCAACUACCACUUCUGGGGGCAGGAGGACCCGCUGUUCACGGCGCCGGAGGUGGCGCCGACCAGCUCCUCGUCCGCCUCCAAGGACCCGCAGUGCACGGUGGUGUUCGACAGCCCCAAGGAGUUCUCGGUGCCGGUGUCGGAGGACCUGGUGGAGUUCCUGGCGGACGGCUCCAUCGCCAUCGAGGUGUACGGACACAAGCAGGCCAACCACCGCAGGAACCUGGCGCUGUGGGACCUGGGGGUGAUCCAGGCCAAGACCCGGUCCCUCAGGGAGAGGUGGAGCGAGGUGACGCGGCGCCUGGAGCUGUGGGUGCAGGUGAUGGAGCUGAGCGAGGCGGGAGACUUCGCCCCCGUGGAGGUUCUUCCUGCACGGGACGUCCGGACCGGAGGUGUCUUCCAGCUCAGACAGGGCCAGUCCCGGCACCUGCGGGUGGAGGUGCGUGCGGUGCCCGACUCCGGCACCAUGCCGCUCAUCGCUGCGUCCGUCCAGUCCGUCUCCAUCGGGGACGUGAAGGUCCGGCAGACGAGCCGGUCCAGACCCGACCCGGCACCGGACGAGGACAUGGACAGUUACCAGGAGGUGGAGCUGGAGAGGAUGAAGGACAAGUGUCUGAGGACGCUGGCCGAGCGGCAGGAAUACCUGGACCAGCAGCUGCAGAAGGUCGUCUCCAAACCAGACAAGUCUGAGGACGACGUGGAGCGAGAGUCUCAGCUGCUGGAGGGACGUCUGACCCUGACGGAGGAACGGAACGCCGUCCUGGUGCCGUCGGCCGGCAGCGGCAUCCCCGGAGCCCCGGCCCAGAGGGUUCCAGUUCCCGGGAUGGAGACGCACAUCCCCGUCCUGUUCCUGGACCUCAGCGCCGACGACUUCCAGUCCAGCCCGGUUCUGGCCGGCGGGUACGACGCCGUGCUGAGCGAGGAGGACGAGGACGAAUUCUUCGAGCUGCAGGUCGUCAGACACUACGACUCGGAGGUGAAGGUGGAGGCGUCCUGGGACUCCACGGUGCACGAGUGUCCCCAGCUGAGCCGCUCCACGCCCUCGGACCAGCGGGUCUACCUGACGGUCCGCGCCGCCGUGCAGCUGAGCCACCCGGCCGAGAUGCAGCUGAUGCUGCGGAAACGCAUCUGCGUCAACGUCACGGGGAAGCAGGGUUUCGCCCAGAGCCUCCUGAAGAGGAUGUCCCAGCGCAGCCCGAUCCCCGGCUGCGGCGUCACGUUUGAGGUCGUCUCCAACAUCCCUGGCGACAUCCACGGCCCGGAGGACCGCGAGAUGCUGGCCCGGCUGGCCGCCAGCGCCGAGGACGACCAGUCGGCCGACAGCAUGGAGGUCAUCGAGAAGUACCUGCGCAGCGUCCUGGCGGUGGAGAACCUGCUCACGCUGGACCGGCUCAGACAGGAGGUGGCGGUGCGGGAGCAGCUGGCGGUCCGAGGGAAGCCGGCCCGGUGCAGCCUGAGCACCCCCAACAUCUCCCGGCUGUCGGCCAGCAGCAUGGACCUCUACUCCUCCCUGCACAGGCUGGGGGACAUCAAGGGCUGGGAGAGCCACCAGGACCUGUCGGGGGUUCCUCCUCCACCCAGACGGACGCUGCCCAGCUCCACCAGCUCCACCUGCUCCACCUGCACCUCCCAGAACCUGAACCUGGACCCGGGCGUUGCGUCUCAUCCCCCUCCAGCGGCGUCCGUCCCUCGGCUGCUGAAGUCUCUGCUCCCCGGCGGGAGGGACGAAGGUCUGGAGGAGGAGGCCGCCCGUCGGCAGAGUCUGCCUCGCAUCGUGGUCCAGUCGGCCAGCGUGGAGGACGGACUGGUUAAACAUCAGCAGCCGGUUCCCAUCGAGGAAAUCAUCCCCGCCGACUUGGAGUUCUCUGCCCCGCUCCCGCCUCCGGUAACCGUGGAGACGGAGGACGUCACGCCGAGCCCCGUCAGCGACGUGUCCAGCGGCUACAUGUCCACCAGCGUUUCCACGGUGACGCUGUCGGACGUUUACACGCUGAGCUGGGACCUGCCCCCGUCCUGCAGCGCCGGGGCGGUACCGGAUGAGGAGGAGGAGCCGUCGUCACCGGGCCAAUCAGAGGCUCCAGAGCCGUCACCGCCGGGCCAAUCAGAGGCUCCGGAGCCGUCACCGCCGGGCCAAUCAGAGGCUCCGGAGCCGUCACCACCGGGCCAAUCAGAGGCUCCGGAGCCGGUACCGGGCCAAUCAGAGGCUCCGGAGCCGUCACCACCGGGCCAAUCAGAGGCUCCGGAGCCGUCACCACCGGGCCAAUCAGAGGCUCCGGAGCCGUCACCACCGGGCCAAUCAGAGGCUCCGGAGCCGUCACCACCGGGACAAUCAGAGGCUCCGGAGCCGUCACCACCGGGCCAAUCAGAGGCUCCGGAGCCGUCACCACCGGGCCAAUCAGAGGCUCCGGAGCCGGUACCGGGCCAAUCAGAGGCUCCGGAGCCGUCACCGCCGGGCCAAUCAGAGGCUCCGGAGCCGUCACCGGGUUCCAACGAGGUCACAGCGGACGAUACCGGGUCGGAUCCAACCCAUCCUACAUCAGUCCAGGUGAAGGAGGGAGAAGAACCAGAACCAGAAACGCUGUUAGCGUCGGACCAGUUAAACAGCUCGGAACCAGAACCUGAAACCAAACCCGGUAAACCGGCACAAACCUGCGACUCUAAACCCGACGGUCCCAUCAAAGAAGUUCUGGAAAGGCAACAAGACCCGGCGGUUCCUGACAGUACCGGAGACCCAGCACCGGAUCUGAUCCCAGCUCUGCCUGAAGCUUCCCCGUCCGGUCCAGAACCAAACACAGACUCUAGUCCUGGAUCUUCACCCCAGGAAAAACCGUCUCCUGCUCCGCCCGGCGUCCGGGCCACACAGGACCCGGCACCGAACCCCUUCAGGAUCCAGAAGGUGAAGUCGUCAGACCUCAAGUCCUUCCAGCAGAUCGUGGGCGAGGAGACGGGUCAGGACCGGGCCGGGACCGGCAGCCCCGGAGCCGGACUCAACCUGCCGGUGCCGGCGGAGAACCUGGAGAUCAUCUCGGACUGCGAGGACGGAGACGCCGCGGCGGUUCUGCCCGACUGGCUGAAGGUCGGGGAGCUGGUGACGGUCGGGACCAACAAGACCGGGCUGGUCCGGUUCGUGGGGGCCACGGCCUUCGCUGACGGAACCUGGGUCGGAGUAGAACUGGAGGUUCCGGCAGGGAAGAACGACGGCUCGGUGGGGGGGAAGCACUACUUCCACUGUAACCCGGGUUACGGGGUGCUGGUGCGGCCCCGGCCGGGUGACCCGGGGCGGGGUGAAGCGCCGGCGCCAGCAGCAGCAGAAGCGCCGCAGCGCCAACCUGUCCGGCUCCAGCCCCAACCUGGCGGCGCUGACGGCUCUGGCCAAGGGGGAGGCGGCGCCGGGCGGCCGGAGCCGGGGGGGAGAACCGCAAGUCCUGGAACACUUGAACGCACCGCCGACCCGGCCGGGGGGGCCCGGGCCCGCCGGCACCCCCGGGAAGCUCCAACCGGAGCUUUAAAACACUGGAACUGCUGAUUUUUUACCAGCGAAUAUGAAUGUUUAAGGUACAUUUAUGCAAAAAGAAUCAAAUUAUUAUUUUAACU